UUCGUCACAUUGACAUUGCCAUUAAUAUCAUGAAAAAAUCGUUCUCAUGAAUCAAAAUUUCAGUCAUCCAUUAUAAAAACAAUGAAUCGCAUAAUAUUCAAAAAUGUAAUACGACAAUCAAUACGCCACAUCAAUACAGGGAAAACGUUCAAAGUAACAAUAUGCGGUGCCUCAGGUUCGGUCAACGAAUCGCUGAUAAUGCUCGUAAAGACGAACCCGCUCAUCUCUGAAUUAUGCAUCUGUGACCAGACCAAUCCGUAUGGCAUUAUUUCCGACUUGGUCGCCAUCCCGUCGAACGUCAACGUGUCGGCCCACAAGAAACUGUCGCGGGCGAUCAAAGACGCGGACCUGGUGGUGAUCUCCACAGGCGUUCAGAAACGGCGCAGAAUGUCCUACAGGGACUUAUUCAUAGCCAAUGCCUCGCACGUCAGAGAAAUAUCCGAGAUCGUGGGUCGCUUCAAUCCUGGCGCGCUGGUCGCCAUACUGACAAACCCGAUCAACUCUUUGGUGCCGCUUGUCAACAACAUAUUGAAAAAGUAUUCGGGCACCAAUCCCAUGAGGAUAAUGGGCAUCACCACUUUGGACACGCUCAGGGCGAACACCAUUAUCGGGAAGCUCGAGGGAAUUGACCCGCGCAACAUUGAGGUGCCGGUUGUUGGGGGACAUUCUCCCGAAACCACGGUGCCGUUGUUCUCUCAGAUUAAACAUCAGGUUCCGAUCUCCGAGGAGCAGAUUAAGUGGUUCACCAACCUGGUAAAAUACGCAGAUUCAAACAUCAUAGAUGCCAAACGCGGCGAAUCACCUGCAACACUGUCGAGAGCUUUCGGUGCGGCCAGAUUCAUAGAUUCCCUGUUAAGAGCCAUGAGUGGCGAGCCUAACAUUAUCGAGCCGGCCUUCAUAAGAACCAACGUUCUCAACACUAAAUACUCCUCGCAGCCCAUCCUUCUUGGACCAGGCGGCGUUAUGAAACACAUCGAUAUCGGUAACGUUAGUUUGUUCGAACUGCAAAUGCUGGAGAAAGCCACUAGACAUCUGUGGGAGGACAUUAAGAUCGGAGAGGAUUUUUUGGACAUUAAGCUGUACAAACCAUCUCCUUGUUGUGUUUAUCAUGGUGACAUUAAAACCCGAUCAACCAUUAAAAAUUGUUCUGAACUGUGAUUAUUGUCGUAAAUAGAUUCAUUGAAAAGCCAAAA